AGAGUAGGUAUUUUACGUUAUGUAAGAGGGUACUUUCGUCCUUCUACUGGUACACCCGAGCUCGUACUCAUGCAAAAUACUAUAAAUACCGAACAUUUCAGCGAUUAUUGUUCAUCCGAAUAUCCACUACUAUAAUCGUGAAGGAGAAAGUUGCAGUAAAAUUUCCUUCGUUUUUCCGUAGUUGAAAGCUGUUGAGAAUGGAGAAGCAGCAGAAGUUGGAAUGGGAAGCAGCACAUAGCAUUGCGAUCAAUGUCGACCUUGUUUCCGCGGCAAAAAAGCAGCUCAAGUUUCUCGCGGCUGUUGAUCGGAACCGUUGGCUCUAUGCCGGCCCCGGUCUAGAUAGGGCCAUUUACAGGUACAAAGUUUAUUGGCUUCCAUUGCUGGCGAAGCAUUCUGAAUCGCCACUUUUUGAAGGUUCAUUGGUUGUCCCUUUGGAUUGUGAAUGGAUUUGGCACUCUCACAGGCUUAAUCCAAUUAGAUACAAGAAAGACUGUGAGGAAUUCUAUGGCAGAAUUAUUGACAACAAGAAUGUUAUUUCUUCUGUGGAAGGAACUUCGAAAAAGCAAACUGAGGACGUGUGGAAAACAUUAUUCCCAGGAGAGCCAUUUGAACUAGAUUUGGAACUUCAGCAAGAGAAUAUCUCUGGUCAAGGAGUAGUGGAAGAGAAGUUCACUAAGUAUGAUUUGGUCUCAGCUGUUCAAAGACAAACUCCUUUCUUUCAUCAGGUCUCCCAACUCCAUAUGAAUGACAGUCGCUAUAUUGAAGGAGCUGUGGCAAGGUACAGAGGAUUUCUUCACCUAAUCAAGAGAAACAAGGAGCAAGGCAUAAAGAGCUUCGUUGUUCCCACUUACGACAUUGACCUUAUCUGGCACACUCAUCAGCUACAUCCAGCUUCUUAUGGUGAAGAUCUUCUCAAACUAAUGGGAAGGAUUUUAGAACAUGAUGACACUGAUUCUGACAGAACAAAAGGUCAGAAACUGGAUGUUGGGUUCACCGGGACGAACAGGACAUUCGAGGACCUGUUUGGCCGUAGGUAUUGGAGGGCUGGAGCAAUGUACAAGGGUAGUGCACCUUCACCGGUCAGACUUACUCCUUACUCCGGCAGUGUCACGAAGAAGGUGCCAAGUUGUGAUGAGAGCCCAAAAAUAGCACUUCCUGUGAUGGAAGUUUUUGAGGUCAUGUUGGAGUUCGUAGGCGUAAGGAACCUGCCAGAGGGACACAAUGGAAGUCUCUUUGUGUCCUUCAGUAAAUCGCAACCAGAUAAGAUGUUCAAUGCCAAGAGAACCCUUAAAGUUGUACAGGGAUCUGGUGAGAAACAAGUGGCGACCUUCCAGUGUCAGCCUACUGGGAGCAUGCUUUUCGAACUCAUGUCCUCACCUUCUGUGUCAAUGGGCACAACUUCCAUAUCUCUGGAAGACUUCCUGUUGCCUGACUCUGAUCUUACAGUGGAAAAAUGGUUGGAUUUGAUUCCUAGUUCAAACACCACGGCGUCCAAGCCCAUUGGUUUGCGAGUGGCCAUCUCAGUUACCAUACCUACCCCAGCACCAUAUACACUUAAUAUGGUUCGCUCUCAGCAGCCAAUACCAGGCAAGGUCCAAUUUUCUAGAAAUUUGACGCGCAUAGUUGAUCAGGAUGGGAAGAUGGUGCUGAACCUACAUAUGAGAGAGCUACAGAAGUCAAGAGGCAAGAAAGAAUGUAGAAGAAGAGUAGUGGUUGGAAUCAUGGCUUCGGGCAAAACAAGUACUCUGGCUGAGUUUGCAGGGUCCAAAUGGUCUAUGGUAAAUUCUCCAUGGUCCGUUAAGCUUCCAAAUGCAAACAAUGAUGACGGACACCUCUUUGAGCUGACUGGUCCUCAUACUGUAAGAUUUUUUCGUGGUGGAAGGCUGGAUUACGAAUCUAGGCGUACUGAACACAGUCAACAUGAACCUCACCUAUUUACAGCUGUAAAAUUCUCUGCUGAAGAGCCUUAUGGAACAGCAGUGGCAUUACUUGACAUGAAGUCUGGCACUGUCAAGGUCAAAGAAGAAUGGUUCAUUUUACCUGGCCUCAUAGUUACAUUUAUACUUGGUAACAUAUUGAGGAAGAUCAAUCAGGCUCCUCUGAGAAAGGCUGUGGGUGUUAAUGCAGCAAUUAAUGAAGGGUGUGGAAACAUGGCAAAAAGUGGUGGUUGUGGAAGCAUGAUGGCUAAUUGUGGUGUUACCGGUGUUAGCAGUGGUUGUGGUAGCUGUGGAAGCAUGAUGGCAAAUUGCCGUGUUAGUGGUGGAUGUGGAAACAUGAUGGCUAACUGUGGUGUCAGUGGCGUAAGUGGUGGUUGUGGAGUUAGUGGUGGUAAAUCUAGAAGCAUGAUGGCGAAUUGUGGUGUUAGUGGCGUUAGCGGUGGCUGUGGAGUCAAUGGUGGUAAAUCUGGAAACAAGAUGGCUAACUGUGGUGUUAGCAGUGUUAGCGGUGCCUGCGGAGUUAGUAGCGGUAAAUCUGAGAACACGAUGGCUAACUGCGGUGUUAGCGCUAGCUGUGGUGUUGGUAAUGGUGUAUCUGGAAAAAUGAUGGCUAACUGUGGGGUGGUGCUAGUGGCAACUGCGGUGUUAGCAGUGGUGCUUGUGGAAUCAUGAUGGCU